UUUCGAUUUCGACAAGGAAAGGAGGUUUAGAAGAUUUCAACGGCCAUGCAGUUCUUCCUCGCAAGCUCACCAUUUCUGUUCCAGAAGGGCCAUUUUGGCUCCGCUUUUGAAGCAACCCAUAUUUUUUGAUUUUUUUUUUUGGUAAAUACCCAAAUUUUUUUUAUUCAAUUCCUUCUUCUGCAAUCUCAAUUAAUUAAUUGUAAUCAUUAAGAUUCACCCCAAAAUGAAUUUCCAUCCUUUUUUUUCUUCAUCUGUCGUCUGUCGAUCAUAUAAAUAGAAAUGGAUUGAGAUUGUGGAAUGAGACACCGGCGACUGAUCUGUGGGAAGCAACACCGUGAACCGAUGGAUAAAUCAGGCGUCGUCGGCGGCGGCAAGUGCCGUCAUCAUCUUUGGUGCGUCAUCUUAUCAUCUAUUUUCUUAUGGUUCUUCUUGUUUUACUUCCAUUCUUCUGCUCUGAUCAGUAGCAAGAACGUGAUCCGAUCAUUACAGAACGAGUAUUCUAUUACCAUUGCAUCCCGGGAACCAAACUCUAUAAGCGCCACAGAUGCCGAAACCAGUACAGAGCCCUAUUAUAUAGAGAACAAGGAAGAACCCAUUAAAGGGGAUGGAAUAAAGGUGCAGCAUCAAAAGAACGACCCAGAAACAGGGGAUCAAUCCUUCACGACGGAGGAGAGGGAAGAACUUAUUCAUGAGCCACCACCCAUCACGGAGAGGAGGACCGAAAUAGUCCGCGACGAUUCCGCCGUAGACACCAGAGACCAACCGGCGAAACCCACUUCAGACGAUGAAGACGGAGGAAUUUCCGAUCAGGCGGAACUGGAAACAGGGGAGGAUAAGGGGGAACCUGUUAAACAAAUCGGGUCGAAACACAGUCCGGUCCCCGUAGACUUACAGUCGUCGCUUAUGAAGGAAAGGAAGGAGCCAGUACCAAUUAACCGGCAAUCGGAGGUAGAGAACCGGUCGAAACCGAUAUCGGAUCAGUGUUCAGGUCAGUACGUCUAUAUUCAUACUCUACCCAGCCGAUUCAAUGAGGACAUGCUCAAGGAAUGUAGGAGACUCAGUUUGUGGACCGACAUGUGCCGAUUCAUUACCAAUAUGGGCUUGGGCCCUCCGAUUGGUAACUCCAGAGGAGUCUUCUCCAACACGGGCUGGUACGCUACAAACCAAUUCGCAUUGGAUGUCAUCUUCUAUAACAGAAUGAAACAGUACAAGUGCUUAACAGAUAACUCUUCCAUGGCUUCAGCCAUUUUCGUCCCCUUCUAUGCGGGCUUCGAUAUCUCUCGUUACCUUUGGGGGUCCAACAUAUCAGUAAGAGACUCAACUUCUCUUGCCCUUGUCAAAUGGCUCACUGAAACACCCGAAUGGAAGGUUUUGGGGGGAAGAGAUCAUUUCCUAGUUGCAGGAAGAAUCACUUGGGACUUCAGGAGAUUAACAGAUGAGGAAUCAGAUUGGGGGAACAAGCUUAUGAGAUUGGAUGAAGCUAAGAACAUGACAUUGUUAGUGAUCGAAUCAAGCCCGUGGAACAGCAAUGAUUUUGCAAUUCCUUAUCCUACUUACUUUCACCCCUCAAGAGAUAUUGAAGUUUUCCAAUGGCAGAACAGAAUGAGGAGAGCUAAGAGGCGUUACCUGUUUUCUUUCGCUGGUGCUCCUCGUCCCAAUCUUUCAGGAUCUAUCCGAGGACAGAUCAUGGAGCAGUGCCGAGCUUCGAGAAGGAAAUGUAAAUUGCUAGAAUGUUAUGAGAAAUCCAACAAGUGUGACAAUCCAAGUAAUGUCAUGAAGCUAUUCCAAAGCUCUGUUUUUUGUUUACAGCCUCCAGGGGAUUCUUAUACACGAAGAUCAGCUUUCGAUUCAAUACUAGCUGGGUGUAUACCAGUGUUCUUCCAUCCGGGUUCUGCUUAUGUUCAGUAUAUAUGGCACCUCCCAAAGAAUUAUACUUCAUACUCUGUUCUUAUAUCAGAGGUUGAAGUAAGAGAAGGGAAGGUUAAUAUUGAGAAGAAACUACUUAAGAUUUCUAAAGAGAAGAUGAGAGCAAUGAGAGAGCAAGCGAUAAGAUUGAUCCCGAGGGUGAUCUAUGCAGACCCAAGGUAUAGAUUGGAAACUCUAGAUGAUGCAUUUGAUAUAGCAGUUCAAGGAGUGAUCAGAAGGGUUGAUAAAGCGAGGAAUGCGAUUAGAGAUGGAGUGGAUCCUGAAGCGGAUUACUCAGAAGCAAGCAGUUGGAAGUAUAAUUUCUUUGGUACAGAGGUAGAAAAUGAAUGGGAUCCUUUCUUUACUACACCUAGGAAAGCAAUUGCUUACUAAGAAAUAUACAGUAAUAGAAGGAAAAAACAGAGAAGAAACAAAUACUCAAAUGUAGUUGUAGAUUGACAAGCUGUUUCAUGCAUGGCUUCUUGUUUAUGUUUAGACAUAUUAGUUUGACAAUACUGUAAUCCCUUUGUUUUCAUGUGUCA